AUGAUGGAGAUAAAUAUAGAAGACGUUCAUUAUGCCGAUAUAAUUCAUACUGAUUCCUUUUAUGAGAGCCUGGCAGCCAGCAAGAACAUCAAAGUACCAUAUUUUCACGGAAUUUUCCUGCAUAAUGAAUGCGCAAUAUGUGGCGAAGAAUUUGAAGAGGGAUCCAUGGUUCUGGAACUUUCUUGCAAACACAUCUUCCAUUUCAAAUGUUCCCACUUUUGGUUCAAGGAAAAGACCUCCUGUGCCAUCUGUAGAAAGCAAGUCGCAUUCGCUCAAAAAAUAUAUAUCAAAUGGAGCCAAUAUACCCGAUACAUUCUUAAACAUGUUUCACAACACCCACCAACAGAACUGAUCAAAUACAGGAUGACAGCAUGUAACUUUGAAUCAGUUUCGUUUGAUUCGUGUGUAACACUGGCUUAUGAGAAGUAG